AUUCCCCACAUCCCAUUGUACAAUGCCUUUCUUCGAUAUACCACUCCCCGCACCUUUCAGGAGCUUGACGGUGGGUAAGCCGAGCAAGGGCACCGCGGAGACGUCUGUCCGGGAGCAAGCUUCGAGCAAGAUCAGCUGGACCAAACUGGGGCGUAGCUUUGGGAGGCGCAAGCUUCUUUACGAAAAGCGGAGGCAUUCCAUCCAAGAGUUCGGGCAGUGUUCAUGGACGUGUCAGACGGACACGCUUCCGCCUCUGCCGGAGAAAGAAGAUACCGGGGCGGAAAGCGCAUCCAUGCAUCCAGCUAAGGACGACAGCGUAGUCCCUAUGCCGGCGCUGUGUCAAGUGUUCUCUCACUUGUCAUCCGAAGGGUCGGAUUCCGACGGUCCCGCCACGCCGGUCAAUACUCUUUCGCGUGCGCCGUCGUAUAAGAAUGACUACGCUUUUUACGGAGACAAGAGUACGAGCAAGAAGCUCACCUCGGGACAGUGGUUCGACUUCUCGGUCACGGCUUCGGAACCCGACUUGAGCGAUAUCGCGACGCGGCUCGUAGAGAAGACCCAGGUGGCCCUGGACGAUGACCUGGAGUACUUGGAGAAGAUGCUAAACGGCCCGCAUGUCUUCAUUCCGUCGACCCCCUACAUUCAUGACGGUCCGAUGCCGGUAACGAGGGUGACGAGCCUGUGAGCCUCGGCCAUUAUCACGUCGAGAUUAUAUAUUCCUAUAUAUAGUCGCCACCUCCUCUCCACUCCUUUCACCCCGCACACUGUACACGUCGGACAUCGACCGACGCAGCUCCUUUUGCGAUUGUGAUGCGCUCGUGGCGGCUGUAAUGCACCAUUAUCUCUUGCUUUGCACUAGUCACACCUCUCGGAUCCGUCCCACUCAGCCAUUGUACUCGUAGUCAUUGUUGUUGUUUGUUUCUUUGUCUUUGUCUUGUAGCAUCACGCCGUCAUGUCAUAAUGUCAGUCUUCGUUAUCGC